UUCUGUUGCUAUCCCAUAGGUUCAUCUGAAUCACCAUGACUAUCCAUCCGCUUCUCUUGUGCCUGUCCCUCUCUAUGGUUUGUAUCUCGAGCAAACCCACCGAGAAAAAGGACCGGGUUCACCAUGACGCACAGCUCAGCGACAAGGUCCAUGAUGACGCACAGAACUUUGACUAUGACCACGAUGCUUUCCUUGGUGCAGAUGAGGCCAAAACCUUUGAUCAGCUGACACCAGAGGAGAGCAAGGAGAGGCUUGGAAAGAUUGUAAGUAAAAUAGAUGAAGACAAAGACGGGUUUGUAACUGUGGAAGAGCUCAAAGACUGGAUUAAAUUUGCACAAAAGCGCUGGAUAUACGAGGAUGUAGAGCGCCAGUGGAAAGGGCACGACCUCAAUGAGGACGGCCUCAUUUCCUGGGAAGAGUAUAAAAAUGCCACCUACGGCUACAUCUUAGAUGACCCAGACCCCGAUGACGGGUUUAACUAUAAACAGAUGAUGGUGCGGGAUGAGCGGCGCUUCAAAAUGGCUGACAAGGAUGGAGACUUGACUGCUACCAAGGAAGAGUUCACUGCCUUCCUGCACCCGGAAGAGUACGAUUACAUGAAAGACAUAGUAGUACAGGAAACCAUGGAGGACAUUGACAAGAACGGAGACGGCUUCAUUGAUUUGGAGGAAUACAUAGGUGACAUGUACAGCCACGAUGGAGACACGGAUGAGCCCGAGUGGGUGAAGACGGAGAGGGAGCAGUUUGUGGAGUUCCGAGAUAAGAACCGCGAUGGCAAAAUGGACAAAGAGGAGACCAAAGACUGGAUCCUCCCCUCGGACUAUGAUCACGCCGAGGCUGAAGCCCGGCACCUUGUCUACGAAUCGGAUCAGAACAAGGACGGCAAGCUCACCAAAGAGGAGAUCGUGGACAAGUACGACUUAUUUGUGGGGAGUCAGGCCACAGACUUCGGGGAGGCCUUGGUGCGACAUGAUGAAUUUUAAGACCUGUACAGAGAAAUCUGUUUCUUAAAUAAUUUAUUUUUUACAGUUUCUGGAUUGUCAUGAGAAACAUUUUCGCUACUGAGACUGUUAUUUCAGGCUAUAAGGUGAAAAAACAAAUCUAUCCCGUCCUGUUUUCCUUUUUCCCAAAGGGAUGGGGACUCGGUGUUCUGAAAACCAACUCUCAUUAUGACACUUUGUGGUUUUUAGAUUUACACUUUGUUUUAUGGUCUAACACGUUCUGUUUAUUUUUGUAUUUGUUUUGGUUCCAUGUGAAGUGAAGAACACGUAUUCUGAAAAAUUAGUGGUAGAGCAACGGUAACGGCUCCCCUUGCCCUACCUCCCUCUCUCCCCUUUAAUUUUUUUUUAUGUACUUAGCUACACAGUCUUUUAAAAAAGGAAGAAAAGCCAGAGAACAAUAGGGCCAAUGAAAACAAAAGACAAGUACCACUUGUUUUAGACUGGGAUAUGCAAAUCCAAUCGAACAGGGCUGUAACGUCAGCUUGCAGGAAGACAGUCCAUCUGCCUCGCGCAGAUGCGCGCUUUGCUUCUCGCCUUCUGCUGCCAAGAGAAGUGCAGGUUGGGACCGAUUCUGCCUGGGCUGGGCUGGAGAACGUGGGGAUAGCCCUCGACUGUAAGCGCUCGACUUGCCAGCCCUGUUCUAGCCUCCCCUGAAAGAACCGGAUUUGCAAACCCCAUCUGAAACUACGGCUGGUGUGGCAGCAGCACGGCAAAGCUAUGCCUGCUCUUCUGCCUGGCAUUCCUUCAGAGGCCUCCGCUGCUGUAGCUGCAACAGCUUCAGCUCCUAGUAAGGCAAGUGUGAUCAGGCACUUUUUAACUAGAAAUCCUUCGGGGGGGAGGAGGGGGGGGGAGAGGAAGAUGUUUUACACAUGCUGCUAUAAUGCUUCAAUCUGGAAUGCUUUUGUUUAGUCCCUGGCUCUUUGCAAACGCAAAUAGAUUUGUAAGAGCGUAAUGCAAAAUUAAUCUGUUAAUCAAAAUCACGCAGCUGUAGUAAACGGGCGUGAUGUCACCCUGUGUGUUAUACGUGGAAGUCCCCCAGGAGGAGGGAGCGAUUUUAAGUUGGUCCCUUGCCUCGAGGGACGGCGUAGCUCCUGUAGAUGCCUGCAGCUCGCCCCGUGGCAUUAGGGCGAGGGAAUGGGAAGGGCUCCCGUUCCUGUUUAGAUUGGCCUCGACUUCUGCAAAUUGGGUGUCGUUUGAUAAGUGCCUUUGUCGACCAGAAGCAGUGCUAAAUGUGGUAAAAGCAGCCGACUAGAAAACAAGGAGGCUCUACAAAACAGGAGGAAAAGCUCCCUGAACCUCGAGUUUAACCGUUGGGCACCUCCGCUCCUGUGCGGUGACUUAGCAGCAAUUGUUCAGCGUGCAGCAUUAAGCAGCGAUCUCAUCUUCACGGCCUUUCCCCUUGCGGUGUUUAACCAUCCUGCUCCCGCCAGGCUUCCUCGGCCGCUGCGUCCUGCCGCGUGCUUUC